AUGACCACCCCACGGGCCGGCCUGGCCUUUUUACAAGGCUGCACUAGACCACGAAGGAUACAAUGGCAGUCUCUUGAAAAGCGCUUCCAGGCCCUCAGUAUCACGCCGGCACGAACGACUAUCCGAGCAUCAUCGACCCAGGCGGAGCCAAUGAGUCCAGCAGAUGCAGCUGCCAAGGGAAUACACUUAGCAAUGAUUACGCAUGCACGGCCUCUACCCGUGUCACCGUCCUAUUUCACCCUUUCAGCCAGGUUCAACGACGACUUCAUCAAGAUCCAGAACCUCUACCGCCGCUUCCAACAUGUCCCUCACGCGCCUCCCGACAAGGUCCCGCGCGUGGCAUGGCGAAAGUUCCAGGACUACCGCGCAUUUUGCGGUGAGGCGGUGCGCGCCAGCCACUACAGUGAAUGUAUCGCCAUGGCGAAGCACCUACACAAGAUCCACCCGGACCUGAAGAGCGAAGAAGUCGUGCAAGCUCUACACCCGUUCAAGCGUGAUAUCAAUGCACACGGAAACGCCGUCCGCACCAUUCCCAUCGACAAGUUUGGCCGAGCGCUGGGUACCGGCAGGAGGAAGACAUCGGUUGCUCGUGCCUGGGUUGUUGAGGGUUCAGGAGAGGUUGUUAUCAAUGGCAAGAGCUUGGCAGAGGCAUUCGGUCGUGUUCACGACCGCGAGAGCGCCAUUUGGGCACUACGGGCUUCUCAGAGGCUGGACAAGUACAACGUUUGGGCAUUGGUGGAGGGCGGCGGUCCGACUGGCCAGGCCGAGGCGAUGACGCUGGCGGUCGCCAAGGCUUUGAUGGCUCACGAGCCAGCUCUCAAGCCUGCCUUGAGGAGAGGUAAAGACGCUCGACUUCCGGUUGUGUGACUCGUGACCCGAGGAUGGUUGAGAGAAAGAAGCCUGGUCACGUCAAGGCUAGGAAGAUGCCCGCUUGGGUUAAGCGUUAA